CUCGGUGCAGCAGUGCAGAAAUGUUUGAGCAGUGGAUCAUAGCAAUGACUGUUCUCCUUACUCUCUUUCAUCCAAAACUUACGGAAUCCUCCUCAAACUGUGAGGAUAAUAAAAUGUGUGGCUGCCUCAUCGAAGACAGGAACAUACCAAUAAAAACAGUGGAUAAAAAUGCAACAGCAACAGUCUUCUGCCCUGACCUGGAAGAGGGUGAAGAUCUCAUAUAUUCCAGUUUAUACAAGGAAGGGACCAAACUGCACUUUGUUGACAUAAGAAACAAAAGUUACCAAUCAUGGCAGCAUAUUCAGGUGUCCUUCCAAAACUCCAGUGUCUUCUAUAUGAUUCAGGGAACUGAAGAUAAUGAUACAGGAAUCUACAGCUGCACAAUCCACACUAAGAUCAGGAAAACAAAACAGACUAUCCUGCUCAUUAAAGAUGCUCAGCAGCCCACAGAACCAUCACCCACCUGUCUUCCAGAGCAUACACUGCUGCUGAGUGUUGGCUGUGGGAUUGUUAUUUUAUACAACCUGUUAAUUACAGCCAUUGCCUUUUUUCUUAGUUAUAAAAUCAAGAACAAGGAGCCACCUGAGAAUCCCUACAUAAACACAAGACCAGGAGGAUUCAGGCGAUGCAGAUGAGCUCAGCAUACAGUGAAGAGAUUCCACAAUGAUAUACAUGACAUUUUUCACGCACUGUUACCUUUUUACUGUGCUGGGUAUCAAUUGGCCACUUACAGUAUAGUUUGUUGAACAGAUCUACUAAUUGCUCUUGAAUUACUGUAAGUUUUGUAUGUAUUUUAUUCUUUUUACACUGAAACACUAUGAAACUCUGACUUUAAUGGAAACCUGUGUUUUUAUGAUGCAAAUGUCUCUCAUUCCUACAUUUCUACAAAGACAGGAUGUGAAUUCAGUGAUUUAUCAAAAUGUUUCUAAAGAGUAUAUCUCUGGAAUAAUUACUGCUUUCUUCAAUAAAAGUGGAUAGAUGUGUAAUUUUCUCAAAAUACAUCAUUUUGGGGGGAAAAGAUUGGAAAUUAUUACAUUCUUGUUUAUUAUAAUAAACUACAU